AUGCCUCUUUGGCUGAUAUUCCACCCUGAGGGCACAUUUGAAGACGAUGCCACUAAAGAAGCCCUCUCCACCGACAUCACCAAAAUGUACACAGGCAUCGGUCUUCCCGCUUUUUACGUUGUUGCCAACUUCAUCAAGAUGCCUGGGAACACCAUGUGGGUGGGCGGCAAGAAGCUGAGCAAAGAGAAGCCGUUUGUUCGAAUCGCGAUCGAACACAUUGCCGUGACGCUUCCGAACGAAGACGAGGUCUACAAGAAGACGGCCAACGCCGUGGAUGCUGUUCUAAAGCCUCACGUCGCUGACAAAGGAUACGAUUGGGAGUUUCACAUCGACGAGACCGAGAGGAGGUUGUGGAAGAUCAACGGCUUGUUUCCUCCGGCUUGGAAGAGCGAGGACGAGAAGGCGUGGGUGAAGGAGAACCGGGCGGUGCGUCUAGGGAGGGAGAAUCUCUGA